AUGUCUCCUCCCGUGACUCCGCCCAAGACCCUGCCCGCCAAGAAGUGCAUCUGCCAGCUCUGCUCCUGCGGGCACCACCAUUGCCCACAUCUUCCCACCAGGAUCUAUGAGAAGAGCGAGAAGCCAUGCUUCCUGUCGGAGUACGUGGAGCAAUACCCCCUGUAUCCCUACGCCCAUCCCAGAGACUCGUUCAAGCCCAAGGCAGAGUACCAGAAGCAGUCAGUGGCUGUGGAGGGAAUGACAACUUUCAAGAGAGAUUACGUACCUCAUGAAGUGUUGCCAGUGAAAUUCAAACCACCUGAAAAGUAUGUCAAGAGUGACGAGAACAUGGAUUUGAUCUCAACAUAUAAACAAGACUACAACCCCUAUCCUAUCUGUCGAGUUCCUCCAUGCUUACCCCGCGAGACUAACUACACCUCCAGUGUCAAGAUGGACACAAUACCUACGUACAAAGGUGACUAUGUGCCAUGGAAUGAAUCAAAACGAGAGAUGAUUAAACCAGACAAUAAAUUCCAUCCAUCAGAAGCAAAAUUUGACUACAGAACCACUGUCCAGGAUGAUUAUAUAUAUAAGGGACCAGUCGCCACUCACAGCUGCAAACCUCUAAAUCCAGCCCACAUGACCAAAGCACCUUUGGAGGACCUGACAAAUUAUAAGUUGAAUUAUGUGCCACAUCCCUUGGAGAAACGCUUUGUCCAUGAGUAUGAGAAGUAUAAACCCAGUGAAACCUCAUUUGAUGGCCUCACCACACACAAACAGUCAUACAAGGGGCUGGCUGGCCCACCUGCCAAGAUGGUGAAACCGUACCAGUCAAUGCCGACCCACGAUCUCCCAUUUUCGUCUUCCACAGAGUUUCGGGAAAAAUACCAAGCUUGGCCACAGCACCCCAUGGUCACCAGAAAACCUGAUGUGUACGUGCCCCCCGUAGAGAAAAUGGACCUUCAGACAACUACUCAGACUCAUUACACAUACCCUAAGGGACAGCCAGCCAAGACAUGUCGGCCCUUGGGCCAUGUUCAGAAAAACACUGCACCCUUUGACAGCUGCUCCACCAUGAAGGAUGAUUACAAGCCAUGGCAUGGUAAGAAAGCAAAACCCAUCAUACAUGCCCCAGAACUUACUUUGCCAGCAGAACCAAUGGAGAACCUGACCACCUUUCGGGCCCAUUACGUCCCUCACCCCCCCACUUUCACAAAGAGCUUUAAGCCGGGUUGGUCAGUUGGGAGGCCUAACAUACCACUCGAUGGAGAAACCACCUACGCCACCAGCUACACGCCGAAGGAAAUUGUCAAGUGCCUUGCCUCCUACAAAGAGCCCCCAGGCUAUGUGUUUCAAGAAAUCGAUGCUGUUGGUCACAAGUUCUACUGCCCCGUAUCGGAGGCUGAACGCCCACUGAGUUCAAAGAGUAAAGAGCGAAGAAGCAGCAUUUCUGGGAAUGGACUAUACCUACCUGGCCCAAAGGAACUACCUAUGACAGCCUGA